AUGAUCAAGACUCUCGAUAAGUCCUUCAUAUGCUACGCUGAGCACGACUACAAUGCUUCGACUUUCGCUGCUAGAGUCACUACUGCUACAUUGAGCGAUGCUUAUUCAGCUUUCACUACUGCUAUUGGUACCCUAAGGGGCCCCUUGCACGGUGGGGCUAAUGAGGCCACGAUGGAGCUGCUUUCGACGUUCGAAAGCCCCGAGGAUGCCGAGAAGAAACUACACGAAAUGUUCACUAAGAAAAAGCUGGUCAUGGGGUUUGGGCACAGGAUAUACAAGACUGGCGAUCCUCGAUCACCGAUAAUGGAGGAGUGUUCAAGAGCGCUGUCUCAGAAGCCUGGUCGGACAUCUCUACUCUUUAACAUCUCGAAACGGGUGCAGGAAGUAUUGAAGGCCGAGAAAGGCAUGUAUCCCAACGCCGACUUCUACAGUGCCUCAGCCUAUCACUAUUGCGGAGUGCCAACACCUCUCUUCACGCCUCUGUUUGUGUUUUCGAGAAUAACAGGAUGGACGGCCCAUAUCGUCGAGCAGAGGGCCAACAAUAAGCUCAUCAGACCGACUUCGAAAUACUGCGGUCCUGAGCCGAAUCAGAGGGUGGUGCCGAUUGAUGAGCGUCGUGAUGAAGGAACAGCGUGUAGUGAGAUGGAUCAUGGGGAACGGAGUCGAUUAUAA